CCGGGGGUCAGCCCAGCAUAGCCCAGGCAAGCAAAGGCCCAAACCUACCUAGGGUUUGCAUCCGCUCAAAAAAAGAAAAAGGGUUCGCAUCUCGUCGCCUCCGCUGCCGUCCCGGCUCCUCCCUCCUCCCGCCCGUUCCGCGACGUUCGCUCCCCCCGCCACGCCCGACCUUGCCAUUCCGCCGAUCGGCUGCGCGCCUCGCCCCGGGCCUCGGCCGCCGACCUCCCUCUGCCCAGGACUGCCUCUGCUGCUCCCCUGCCGGACUCCGCCACGGCCGCUGUGCUGCCAAGGUUACGAUGGCUUCAUUCGGCCGCUUCAUUCAAAAUGUUACACGAGGAGCAAGACUUGCACGUUCUGGUGUGCCCAUCACUACAGGCAUGCGCUGUGGCCAUCGAGCUUACUCUCUUCUGUCAGAAUCUCAAUUCCAUCGAGCUUACUCUCUUCUGUCAGAAUCUCAAUUCUCGGCUCACCGGGGCAGAAGAUUCUCUAAAGUUAUCUCUCUGCCAAUAACUAUUGCUCGCCAUCUCCAUGGUAGUACAAACACUAAGUUGGAAACCCCUGUCAGUUAUGUGAGUUCAAAAUCCUCGAAGAUAGAAAUUAAUGUUAAAGUGGAUGGGGGACUGCUGCUGGAGGAUCCAGAGGGUUAUAUCAAUUUAUGGAAGUUGUUUGAUCAAUACAAAGUUCUGUGUUUUGAACCUACAGACUCAAGCAAUGCCAAGCUAUGCUUUACUUCCUUUGCAGUUGACAUACUAAAGGAACUGUACAUGAUAGUCCUAAAGGAAGGGCAAGGUGCCGAUUUCCUGUUUAAAUUUGAGGCAUCACAGAUCCUUGUUAAGUGGGAUUGUGGCAUUGUUGAACAUAUUGCUAUACCUGCAUCACAAUUCCAAAGUGGUAAAUCUAUCUACGUUGACAGAAUUGUUGGCGCAUUUACAAGCUUGGUGUAUUCAAUCUGUGGCACGGUGAUUGAUUAAGUGCGCAGGAUGUGUUAAAACACCCUCUUUUUUGGACAUCUGAAGACAAGUACGCCGCCAUCUUAGCUGCUAGGAUUUUUGUAAGCAGUGGGAAGACUAAUAUUAAGAAUCAGCCAAACAUUCAGAAUCCGCCAAACAUUCAGAAUCCGCCAAACAUUCAGAAUCCUCCAAUGAUUGCGUCAUCCCGAACCCGUGCGCUUACUGGUUUUGCUACCGUGCUUGGUUCCGUUGAUUAUUAUGAAGUCAGGUUGGGUGUUACAAAACUGAAUAGUGGGGAAUACCAGGUUUCUAGUACAAAAAUUGUCCAGCAGCAGAAUUGGGAACAGCUAUUCAUUGCCAACAUGUCUUUCUCGAGUAACUAUCGCAAAGGUGCAUACUUUGGUGGUGGGGGGGGCCGACAAAACUGAGAAACUUAUCAUUUUUGCUCGAGACAUUCUAGGACACUUUGGUGAUAGUAACAUGGAUCUAUAUGUGGCUACUUUAGCCGGGGCAACUAUAAGGAUUGCCGUUAAUGAUCUGAACGGCAAAUUUUCCUUGUGUUUGACGAUCUAUGAUGCUCUCCGGCAGAUGAGUGUGCCUGCUGAGAAAAUGCCGUUGGCAGUUGUCCCUUAAAAACAGCCAUUUCGCGGAUUGCUAUAUUGAUCUAACCCAGGGCUACGUCAGUGCUUUUGAAUGUCAGCAUGCCUAGAAUGAUGGAAGGUUUGAAGUACUGAAGGGAUUUUUGUAGAUUAACCUGUUGAGCUGACUGAUAGCCAUGCUGACAAACAUAGUGAUGUUGGCUCACCAAUAGACGCUAAUUGUGAACCAGUGGCGCCAAUCACCUCUGCAAGAUUGCCCCAGAGGGUAACGAUGGCAGGUUAGCUGCAAUUGUUGUUUUGUUUGGUCAAUGCAAGAAUGUUCCUUGCAUCGUGUAUCACUUUGUUCUUGAUUUGGGCUGGAUGGCGAUAUGAACUCGGUGAUUGAUAUGAUCAGAGCGACUAAACCUGGAGAUUUGAGAAGCAAUGUUAUAUCAGUAUAGACUUGCAUCGUCUUUUAUGGGCUGGUUAAGGUGUUCUCUAAUCCAUUCGCUCCGCCAGCACUGGAAAGGGGAAUACAUUGUAAGGGAACAUAGGGAGGUUUUCUGGCUUACGCAGCACUGCUAUUAUUGAUGUGUGUGAAGCAGACCGUAUUGAACUGUAAAUUCUCGUGAUUCAUUCGGUCCCUUGGUACCAGCUAUCCAACCAUUGUGUUUUCAUGUUA